AUGGUGGACAUUACGGACGUCGUGAGCCUUCUCGUCCCGCUGGCGCUGCUCGCCGGGUCCAGCGUCCAGACGGACGUGAGGAGCGUGAAGGAGGCGGACAAGACGGGGAAUUUCAUGGAGGACGACCAGUGGCUGUCCACCAUUUCACAGUACAGCCGCAAGCUCAAGCACUGGAACCGCUUCAGAGACGAGGUUGAGGAUGAUGACGUCCGUACUUGGGAUGAAAAUCAGGGCUCAGAUGACAAUGUAGACACCACCAAGGACCCCUGUCAAAAGGUUAAGUGCAGCCGGCACAAGGUGUGUAUUGCCCAAGGCUACCAAAGAGCUGUGUGCGUCAACCGCAAGAAGCUGGAGCACAGACUGAAGCAGCCCGCCCUCAGGUCUCCUGAUGGAAACUGUCAGCCCUGUCCCAUCUCCUCCUCUGGGCCUGUGUGCGGAUCAGACGGACACAACUACGCCUCAAAGUGUAAGCUGGAGCAGCAGGCAUGUCUUACAGGGAAGGAGCUCGCCCUGAAGUGUGUGGGUCUGUGUCCUUGUCCAACCGCUGCCCCCACGCCCAAUGAAAGUAAACAUGAGAGCUGCACCGGUCAGGACCUGGCCGAUCUCGGGGAGCGUCUCAGGGACUGGUUCCAGCUCCUGCAGAGCAACGCCAAGCAGAACAACAGCAGCAAGCCCGGGGCCAGAGCCACCGCAGUCAUCACCACAUCAGUGCUGGACAGGAGCCUGGGCGCCAGCUGUAAGGACUCCAUAGGCUGGAUGUUUUCCAAGCUGGACACCAACAACGACCUGUACCUGGACCAGGCCGAGCUGGCGGCCAUCAACCUGGACAAGUACGAGGUCUGCAUCCGCCCCUUCUUCAACUCCUGCGACUCCUACAGGGACGGCAAGGUCUCAACCGCUGAGUGGUGCCUCUGCUUCUGGAGGGAGAAGCCGGCCUGCCUGUCUGAACUGGAGAGGAUCCAAGUGCUCGACGGAGGCAAGAGAAAGUUUGGUCGAUUCAUCCCUAGCUGCGACGAAGACGGCUACUACAGGAAGCAGCAGUGUGACAGGGGAGAGUGCUGGUGUGUUGACCAGAACGGAGGAGAAGUCGCCGGAUCUAGGAUUCGUGGGAAGCCAGACUGCGAUAAUGAAAUGGCGUAUUCAGGUGACUUUGGCAGCGGCGUCGGAUGGGAGGAUGAGGAGGAGAAAGGAGCGGAGGAGACUGCAGAGGAGGCUGAAGAGGAAGAGGGGGAGGUGGGAGAGGUGGAUGAUGGGGGAUAUAUCUGGUAA